AUGGCUAUGGAGCAGGUACAACUUAUCAAAGAUACGCAUAACAAACCAAUCACAGCAGUUGGUUAUAAUCCUAUAAAACAUGAAAUCUUAGCUGGAUUUGAAGAUGGAGUCAUCAAGGCUUGGGAUUAUUCCACAGGCGAAACAGGAAAGAGCGUGCGUUCUAUGCACGAACAUCAAGGAUUCGUCACAGCAUUUCUGUUGUGGUUUGACGCCAAGUUUAUGUUGUCUUCUGGUAAUGACGGCACGAUCAUUGCAUGGGGAUCUGGAGGCGCUGUUUAUGACCAAAUAAAUAUAGGAACACCAAUAUAUGGAAUGGCGUGGCAUUCACGUAGGAACCAACUGAUUGUAUGUGCGGGAAUGACAGUACAAUUAUUUUCAAUGAAAGAUCCUGGAAAGGAGCUUGGUCAUGUCAUCGAUACAAAAGCAUUCAUCACUCGCGAACACACUGACAUCGUAAGAUGCAUUGCUGCCCUGGAGACGAGAGUUUACAGCGCCGGAUUUGAUAGAUCCAUAAUUGUGUACGAAUCGUUGUCAUAUCCUGGUGCCAAAGGCAUUAAAAUGGCCACAUGUAUUAAAGACGCACACGAUGCAGGGAUCACAUGUUUGUCCGUUACACGUGACUCAGACAACAAUACAUGGUUAUCGUCUGGCUCGUUUGACAAAACUGUAAAAUUAUGGACCCCGGAUGGACAAAUGAUACACAAGUUUGAUGGUUUUAGCUCUGUUAUUACGGGUCUCGUGUAUGUUCGUCCUGCAAACACCAUAUGGGUAACAGCUGGAACCACCGAAGCAGCGAUGUAUGAUCCAAAAUCAGGCGAGAAUGUUUCGGAUUUUGCUGGAACAUUUCGUGUGUCUAAUGAAACGUUCACGCUGGAGUUGUUGGCAUUCAUUCCUGUGCUUGGACAAGUCAUAGGUACAAACAUUCGUAGACAAGUGAUAAUGUGGAAAUUCAACCCGUCUGGAUGUCUGACAACUUUGAGACACAAUUGCCCAGUUGAGUCGCUAGCGUACACUCCAAAGGUCCCUCUGCUUAUAUUCAGUGGUGGAAGCGAUGGGAAUGUUACGAAAUGGGAGCGACUUCAAGCGAGUAACUUCAUUUAUAGCAAAGAGAUAUUUGCAAGAAGUGAGGGCCUAGCUUGUUUGGCUCGUCAGUUUGCAGAGAAAUAUGAAAAAAUUAGUGGUAGAAGCGAACAAAAAAGAGCCGUAACGAGAGCAAGACACUGUUCAUCACUUGAAAGUGUUAAACCGAAAGCCAAGAGCUACGGAAUUACAGACUUCACAGAGGAUGUUUCCAUCUUGAAUUCCUUGUUCGUUGAGAGUUUGGAUUUGCUUGUACUUUCAUCAGAAGAUAACAAUAUUUAUGUUUGGGGCUUUGAUAAAAAGGCGGUCGAUGUGUUAAAAAAUAUGAAGCCGACAGAUGAAUUUCUGAAUCAACGAUACGCAAUUUUGUUGGACAGUGCCGGAUGUGUGCCUGAAGCCGACCAAGAAAUAUCAAAAGAGAACGUGGACUCUGUGACAAAUCGUGUGGCCGGGUUCAUUUGCCAGUGCGUCCUCAGUGAACACAGCAGCUGCAUCACAGGCAUUGUAGCAGUGGAGAAAAGUCCUCGUAGACGAUACGAAACCACUUUUCUGAUAAGUGCUGGCUGGGACAGAAAAAUUCUCAUUUGGGAUUUAGAAAAAUUGUGUCUUCACGAUGUGUUUCAUAGUAAAUCGAGUAUCAAUGGAAAAACAUCAUGUCCUGAGCUUGCAGCUGAUGGAAUGAUCAUGGAUCUUGCAUACAGUCCCGAAAGAGAUGAAUUCGCUUACGCUGCCACUGACAAGCUAGUGUACAUAAGAAAAUUCUCCGACAAUGGCUCGGAAAUGAAACUGACAGGCGUUCUUCAAGGACACGAAGAAGAUGUUACCCAAGUCAAAUGGAAUGCUGUGAUUUCUAAGUGGGUUACUGGCUCCGAUGAUGGAAGUAUACGAAUAUGGAGUGACGAUGCAAUGCAAUGUGACCAGCACGUCAGUAUUCAUGGAACGAUUACGUCUUUGUGCAUUGAUGAAGCUAACGGAUGCAUUGCUUUGGGCGUACAGGAUAAGAUUAGAAUAUACGAUCCUGACUCGCGGAAGUUCGUUAAAACGUAUGUCGGUCACAGUGAUUCUGUCCGAAGUAUCAUUCACAUACCGGAGAGAGGACAGUAUAUUACGUCAUCGUGGGAUGCAACUGUCCGAAUAUGGAGUGCGUAUAAAAAAAAAAUCAAGUGACAUCUUGGAAACUGAAGAAAGAGAUGUUGAAUUCAUAAAUUAUUGGAUGUAAAGGUUUACUUAUUCAAAUAUUAAUAUUUUUAAAUUGUUGCACAUUGAAGUAUAUAUUUUAAGGCAACACAAUCGAUGUUAAGCCGUUAAUCUUCGAUUGUUUUGUAACUUUGCCGAUUGAUUAGCGAGUUGAUCAUACAUUCGUUCUUUAUGUGUGAUAUAAUUUCAAAUUAAUGAUUAUAUUUAUUUCAGGAUUUAAUGGAAUUUUUUAUAGUUUGAUAGGAUUUUUUGUGCAAUGGCAUUAAGGUUCAUACAUAUUUAUGAAAUAAAAGCAAUAAAACGCG